AUGCCUCCUCUCCGGCUACUCUGUCUGCAUGGCAGUGGAACAAAUGUGGAUAUCUUCCAGUCUCAAAUAGGAGCAAUCUCGCGGGAACUGGCCAGGGAUGAUACCGCCCAUCUGCAUUUUGUGGAAGGCGAGGUUGAAACCGCCGCUGGGCCUGGAAUCGAGGGAUUUUAUGAGGGACCGUAUCUGAGCUUCCAUGCCUUCCCGCCGACAUCGAACGAACAUGACGAGGCGACAAUCCAGGCGGCAUAUGAGAUGCUGUACACAAUCAUGGAAGAGGAGGGUCCUUUUGAUGGAAUCCUAGGCUAUUCCCAUGGCGGUACUCUGGCAUACGGCUUCCUUGCCCAACAUCUAGGCCGCUUUCCGUACGAUCCGCCGUUUCGCUGCGCCAUUUUCUUCAAUGCGCCGCCUCCCUUCCAUGCUGUCGAAGGGAAGAUGGUGAUCCGGACGGAGCUCCACAAGAUCCCCCUGAUAAUGCCGACUCUCCACGUCACCAGCAAGUCCGACUACCUGUACCAGGAGUCCCUGGAACUGUACUCGUGGUGUGAUGUGCACCAGGCGGUUUUGGUUCUGCACGAGAAAGGCCAUGCGAUCCCAAACGACCCAAAAUCGGCACGGUCCAUUGGAGAUGCAAUUCGAAAGUUAGGCAUGCGUGCCAUGGCCGGCUAGGAUAAAAAUAUAGCAUAUCCCUUGCAUCCCACCCACCCAUGGUAUCUGACGUCGUGGAUUCUCCAUCCGGAGUAGUUCGUACCCCAACAUCCGUAACUAAGCAUACCUCCUACAUAUAGUAAGCCAUACUUUCUCGAGUCCCCAUAUGAACAUCGCCCUGCAGAUCCAUCAAGACGGAGUACUCCGUGCUCCAUACAAUGAUCGUGGCAAAAAAAACAAGGCACUAGUAUGGCGCAUUGCGCAGCUCUGAACAGCCGCGCGAUGGAUGACUGCAAGGGAUAGCCAUAGCCGGCCACCUGCCUCAUAGCCCUCUGAUAACAGAGAUCGUCAAUGCAGAAGGCUCCAGUGCGGUCGUGGCCCG